UUUUUUUUUUUUUUCUUUUUUUCUUUCUCCAGGACUCAAUUCUUUGCUUGUCGAGCAAACAGAUAGACAGAAAAGAACUGAAAGAUGCCGCGAACUUCGACCGUGGCUCCAGUUGUGGACGCAAUGUGGAGCGUGUGGCGGUCCCAGCAACACCGGGCACUUGCUACCGCGACGACCAUCCCCAGCAGCAAGACGGCGAGCACGCGCCAGAACCUGACGGAGAAGAUUGUGCAAAAGUACAGCGUGGGACUGCCGGAGGGAAAGGUUGUGCGGUCGGGCGACUUUGUGACGAUCAAGCCGCAGCACUGCAUGACGCACGACAACUCGUGGCCUGUGGCGAUGAAGUUCAUGGGAUUGGGCGCGACGAAGGUGCAUGAUAACCGGCAGGUUGUGUUGACGCUCGACCACGACGUGCAAAACAAGACACCAAAGAACCUGGAGAAGUACGCAAACAUCGAGAAGUUCGGCCGCGACCACGGCAUCGACUUCUACCCGGCCGGGACCGGUAUCGGCCACCAGAUCCUCGUCGAGCAGGGCUACGCGUUCCCGAGCACGAUGACGGUCGCCUCGGACUCGCACUCAAACAUGUACGGCGGCGUCGGCUGCCUGGGCACGCCGAUGGUGCGCACGGAUGCGGCCGCGAUCUGGGCGACGGGCCAGACGUGGUGGCAGAUCCCGCCGGUUGCGAAGGUCGAGCUGCGCGGCCGGCUGCCGGCAGGCGUGUCGGGCAAGGACGUGAUUGUCGCGCUCUGCGGAGCGUUCAACAACGACAACGUGCUCAACCACGCGAUCGAAUUCACCGGCGACGCGAUCCCGGACCUGACCGUCGACGACCGGCUGACGAUCGCAAACAUGACUACGGAGUGGGGCGCGCUGUCGGGUUUGUUCCCUGUCGACAGCGUGCUGAUUAACUGGCUCCGCGGACGGGUUCUGCGUCUGCCGCAGCCGCAUCCGCGGGUGUCGUCCGAGCGGGUUGAGGCGCUUGCAAAGGCGCUCGAGGAAGGUGAUCCGUCGCUGAGUGCGUCGGAGGACGCUGUGUACGCCAAGCACCUCGUGCUCGACCUGUCUACGCUGUCUCCCUACAUCUCUGGCCCCAACUCUGUCAAGGUCAUGAACUCGCUCACCGAUCUCGCCAAGCAGAACAUCCCGAUCAACAAGGCGUACCUGGUGUCGUGCACAAACUCGCGUCUGUCAGACAUCCACGCCGCCGCGGAGGUCGUCAAGGGCCGCAAGGUCGCCGACGGCGUCGAGUUCUAUAUCGCCGCCGCGAGCAAGAACGUGCAGAAGGAUGCCGAGGACGAAGGAGCCUGGCAGGCGCUGAUCGACGCCGGCGCGCGCCCGCUUCCCGCGGGAUGCGGACCGUGCAUCGGUCUCGGAACCGGUCUGCUCGAGGACGGCGAGGUCGGAAUCUCUGCCACGAAUCGCAACUUCAAGGGCCGCAUGGGCAGCCGCGACGCGCUGGCGUACCUGGCCUCGCCGUCGGUGGUGGCUGCGUCUGCGGUGCUGGGCCGGAUUGGGUCGCCUGUUGAGGUGCUCGGGGGUGCGAUCCCGGAGACGGCGCAGUUGAUGAGCGCUGAGGUUGCGAUUGAGGGUGCGGGAGAUGCGGCAGAGGGCGAGGCGAUGCCGACGCAGGUGUUGGAUGGAUUUCCGGCGUUGAUUGAGGGCGAGCUCGUGUUUUGCGAUGCCGACAAUAUCAACACGGACGGAAUCUACCCAGGAAAAUACACGUACCAGGACGAUGUCUCCCGCGAGAAGAUGGCGGAGGUGUGCAUGGAGAACUACGAUCCCGAAUUCGGCAAGAAGACGGUUGCGGGUGACGUAAUUGUGAGCGGAUUCAAUUUUGGAACCGGCUCGUCGCGUGAGCAGGCCGCUACGUGUAUUCUUGCGCGCGACAUCCGACUGGUAGUCACAGGCUCGUUCGGCAACAUUUUUUUCCGCAACAGUAUCAACAACGCGCUGCUGACGCUUGAGCUGCCGGCGCUGAUUGCGCUGCUGCGGGAGCGGUACGAGGGUGCCGCGCCGGAGCUGACGCGGCGGACGGGGUUGUUUAUCAAGUGGGACGUGACGCGGGCGCGGGUGCAGGUGCGGGAGGGAAAGGAUGGGGAGGUUGUGUUGGAGCAGAAGGUUGGAGAUUUGGGACCUAAUUUGCAGGAUAUUAUUAUCCAGGGGGGUUGGAGGGGUGGGUGAAGAACGAGAUUAGCCGUUAAAAAAGUUGUCAAUCUUUUGUUUAUGUUUAUGUUAGAAGAAGCAGAAUAUGAAGAAUAGAAGUAGUAUAGAAGAAGA